AUGUACUCUUUAUUUUCCUCAUUGAUCUCAUCGUAUAGAUUCCAACCCACGACUAACAUAAUCUCAAUAUACGUUCUACCAGAUAACGCUUCAAAGAAAGAACCUAUCCCACCAAACCCAUCCAAACCAACAACCUCAACCCCGCUUCCAUCAGAAGAAGACUUACAAACAUUCAUUUCAACUAACAAAAUCACAUAUGAACCAACCGGAAUCUUCCAAGAAUUCCCACCGAUUUUGAAAUUCGAUCAAGUUAAAGUUACAAACCCAUUAGAAAAGGCGUUUUUGAAAUUCGAAAAACCAAGUCCGAUUCAAUCAGCUGUUUGGCCAGUUUUGAUUGCCAAAAGAGAUGUAGUAGGAAUCGCAGAAACUGGGUCUGGAAAAACUUUGGCAUUUGGAAUUCCUGCAUUUGAGCAUAUUUUAUCUACACCUAAAGUAAAGACCAUCAGCGUAUUAGUAAUAGCUCCAACCCGUGAAUUAGCUAUGCAAACUGAAUCGACUUUAUCAGAAUUAGGGAAACUGACGAGUCCACCCAUUAAAACGUUAUGUGUUUAUGGAGGAGUAGACAAAAAUGCUCAAAGAAAGGCUCUUCAAGCUGAAAAUGGUGUUAGAGCUGUUGCUGGUACUCCUGGUAGAUUAUUAGAUUUGGCUAAUGAAGGUCAUUUGAAAUUGGAUAAUGUUAGUUGGUUAGUUUUAGAUGAAGCUGAUCGAAUGCUUGAUAAGGGAUUCGAGAAUGAUAUUCGAGCAAUCAUCAACCUUUGUUUACCAUCGAAAUCUACCACAGGUUCAUCAACAAGAUUAACCGCCAUGUUUUCAGCCACAUGGCCAUUAUCAGUCAGAAGAUUAGCAUCUGAUUUUAUGAAGGAUCCUGUCAGGAUUUUGGUUGGAGAUGAUCAACUUUCAGCUUCUUGUAGUGUAGAACAAUCAGUCGAAGUUUUACCAGAUACAAGAGGUAAAGAAUUUAAAUUAUUUGAAACACUUAAGACAUUAGAAAAAAGUGGAGGGUUUAAUUUGAAGAAAGAUAAAGUGAUUGUGUUUGCUCUUUAUAAAAAAGAAGCUCAACGGUUACAUGCGUUCUUGCUCAGGAAAGGAUUCGGAGCUUGUUGCAUUGAAGGUGAUAUGUCUCAAGAUAAAAGAAGUCAAUCUUUAGAAGACUUUAAGUCUGGUAGAGCUACCAUCUUAGUCGCUACUGAUGUUGCGGCUAGAGGACUUGAUAUUCCUAAAGUAGAGGUUGUCAUCAAUGUAACCUUUCCAUUAACUAUUGAAGAUUAUAUUCAUAGAAUCGGUAGAACAGGUAGAGCUGGUAGAACAGGAAAAAGUAUUACUUUCUUUACUGAUGAAGAUAAAGUUCAUGCUGGUGAAUUGAUGAGAGUAUUGAAAGAUGCUAAUCAAGUCGUACCGGAAGAUUUGAAAAAAUUUGGAGGUCAGAUUAAGAAAAAGACACAUGCUGCUUAUGGUGAUCAUUGGAAAGAUAUCGAUCCUACUGUUAAAGCUAAAAAGAUCAAAUUCGAUUAGAAGAAUUGAGUCAAGACUUAUUGUUCGUGGAUGUAGUUCGAUAGCAUACGUUUUGGGAAUAAUCUAAAUUGCGCUGAAGUUAUAAACCUCGAAAUUUGUGGUUAAUCUAUAGAUUGUGGAAUUUGAUUUAUGAAUGAUAUAGAAUGAUGUUUUCGAAAUGUUAUGCAAUAUUCAAUGAUCUUUCCAAUUUGUACAUUC